UUAACUUUCUAAGAUUGUCGCUAAGUUCAUUCAAAAUGGCCGCACUUGUUGCAUUUUUGAGGCGAGUUGGAAAUGAUCAGCAUAAUGCCCGUCCACAAAGACGUCUUCCCCGACCAAGAGUAUUUAAGGAUCGCUUAAACCCACUCGAUAUGCGGCCGGCAGACGAGGAGCUCUAUGAAAGGUACCGUUUCCGCCGACCCACCAUUAUUUUUCUCUGUGGUCUAAUAGAAGAUAUCGUCAUCCAUCCCACAAGAAGAUCGCUGGCCCUACCUCCAAUGGUACAGCUUUUAGUGUUUUUGAGGUUUGUUGCGACCGGUGCCUUCCAUCAACUAAUUGGAGAUUCAAUACACCUCUCCAAGUCAACGGCUGGAAGAUGCAUUAGAAGGGUUGCGUCAGCGUUAGUUAUCCUCGCUAAUCGUUAUAUUAUAUUCCCAACUGACCAAAACGCGACUAAUACCAAGAGAAAGUUCCACAACAUAGCAGGAAAAACACCAGAAUUGCCUAGCUACAGGGCGCCGCCAUUGUGGACACCCAAAGUUGUGCGGAGAAGAAAAGUUGACAGGAGAUCUGAUUGGUCAUUAACAGAAAAUCUUUGUGAUGGAAUUUUGAUUGGAAUUUGUAUGGAAGUCUAUGGGAAAACAUUUGGUGGUGUUUGUCCAGCAGAUGUCCUCAACCGGAAAGGAUAUCAUUCCUUAAAUGUUAUGAUGUCAUGCGACACCAAUUUUGUUAUAACCAACUGUGUGGCGAAACGGCCAGGGUCUUGCCAUGAUUCCAGAGUCUUUAGAGAAAGUACUCUAUGUCGUCAGUUUGAGAAUGGUCAGCAUGAUGGCUUGCUGCUUGGUGACUCUGGAUACCCAUGCAAAACCUAUCUAAUGACUCCCUACAACAAUACCAAUGAUGUACGACACAAAGAGCGGUUCAACUCAGCACUGUGCCGUACACGAGUUGUAAUUGAGCAAACUUAUGGGAUUUUAAAGAGGAGGUUUCCAUGCCUGGCAGUUGGUCUGCGGACAAAACCGGAUAGAGCCUGUCAGUAUGUGGUGGCAUGUGUGGUUCUACAUAAUAUAGGAAUUUUGAGACAGGACAUUGUGACCAUUUCAGCUGAUGACCUACUCAUAGCUGGACCAGAUGUCCAAGAGAUUGAUCACGCCAACAACAACGGUUUCACAUACAGGGAUAUCAUUGCCAGACAAUGUUUUAAUCAAUGAACAAAUUAUGAUUGUAAUAUAUCAAUCAAGGUCAAAGUCACCGGAGGUACAUAUGUACUAGUUAGUUGGUCAAAACAUUUUUUUAUCAUUUCCAAAGACUUCCUGUCUCUAUCUAUUCCAGUUCUACAAGUAUACCUGUUUAUCAUUUUCACAGUCAUAUUUAGAGGUGAUCAAUCUCAUGUAACUCCUAUAGGAAUACAAAACUUGAAAUAAUUGUUUUAUCACAAUGAUGUUCCCCCUUCCAUUUUCUAUAGUUUUACAAUGAAGCAUAUUGUACAAGUUUCAAGUCCAUCUGAUAAGCCACAGAGGAGUUCUAAGUGUUCACAAGAUUUAAUGAGAGGAAGAAA